UUCCUCCUCCAUCUCUCUCUUUCUUCCCUUCUCUUUCUCUCUCACGGGAAUUUUUUUUUAUUUUUCCCCUUUCACUGAGUCUACAAGAGCAACUUCUAUGUGCGCAGCAGAAGUAUUGAGAAAUAGAUGACGUCCUGUCGUAUUUGGGAGGUUGGGAUAGUUUCCUUUUCAUGACAAAAAAAAAAAAAAAAAAAAUCUGAGCCUGUUCUCUGUUCUCAUGUCCCGAUCUGUCCCGCAUUUGUAAUCCUGCGCCUUGCAGAACGAAUCCGCUGGACUGGUGCCUUCCUAUUGAGACGCAAGAAGCAUAGACACAAGCCUGCAUCAGGGCGCAACAACAGAGCUUCUAUCAUUAAAAACAAAAACAAGACAAGGAAAAAAUAAAGACAUAUUAUCAGAAAACACUUAAUAUUGCCUUGUUACAGGAUUUUUUUUCCCCGAGAAGUUGCAUGUGCAGGAGUGACAGUACUCGACCGGGACAGAAGGAAUGGGACACCCGGGCAGAGCAGUGAGAGGAUGGAGAGGAGGCUGGAAGCGAUGGACGCUCCUGGUUUGGGUCGCCGCUGUCAGCUUGGCUUCAGCAGACGGGCGGAGAGUCAGACAGCCCAGAUGCCCCGUUGGAUGUACCUGCACCAAAGAUAAUGCCCUGUGCGAGAAUGUCCGAUCCGUGCCUCACACUUUCCCAUCCGACGUCGUCUCACUAUCUUUUGUCAAGUCUGGGUUUAAUGAAAUCACAGGAGGAAGCUUUGUUCACACGCCUGCCCUGCAACUCCUAUUGUUCACAGCAAAUUCAUUUGACUUAAUUGAUGAGGAUGCAUUCCUGGGUUUACCACAUCUUGAAUAUCUAUUUAUUGAAAAUAACAAAAUUGCAUCGAUAUCACCAUAUGCUUUCCGGGGCCUGAAAACACUGAUACAUCUGAGUCUGGCUUACAACAACCUUGAGACGCUGCCCAAAGAUGUCUUCAAGGGCAUGGACGCUUUGACCAAAGUGGAUUUACGUGGCAACAACCUGCUAUGCGACUGUAAGAUGAAGUGGUUGGUGGAGUGGAUGCACCAUACUAAUGCCACCCUGGAUGAGAUCUACUGCAGCGGUCCCCCCAUGCACCAGGGGAAGAAGCUCAAUGACCUGCUGCCACAUUCUUUUGACUGCAUCACAGCAGAGUUUGCUUCCUAUCAGUCGAUGAAGUUUGAGUCGAUUUCAGUGGAGGCCUUCACCUUUGGCGCAGAUCAGUAUGUUGUGUUUGCCCAACCGUUUGCUGGGACGUGCAGCUUCCUGGAAUGGGAUCACGUGGAGAUGACCUUCAGAACCUACGACACCAUUGAAAGCACCUCCACCGUGGUCUGCAAGCCGAUGGUGAUCGACAACCACCUGUUCGUCAUCGUGGCCCAGUUGUUCGGCGGCUCGCACAUUUACAAACGUGACACUUCGGCCAACAAGUUCAUCAAGAUCCAGGACAUCGACAUCCUGAAGAUUCGCAAACCCAAUGACAUCGAGACGUUCAUGAUAGACGGAGAGUCUUUCUUUGUCAUUGCUGACAGUUCUAAGGCCGGCUCCACAACAGUCUACAAAUGGAAUGGCAACGGCUUCUACUCCCAUCAGUCACUCCACCCGUGGUACCGGGACACAGAUGUAGAAUAUUUGGAGAUCUCCAACAAACCCCACCUGAUCUUGUCCAGUAGUUCUCAGAGACCUGUCGUUUACCAGUGGAACAGGAGCCAGAAACAGUUUGACCGCAGGACUGACAUACCAGAUAUGGAGGACGUCUUCUCCGUCAAACACUUUCGGGUCAAAGGUGACCUGUUUAUAUGCUUGACAAGAUUCAUCGGGGACUCCAAGGUGAUGCGCUGGGACGGUGCCAUGUUCAAAGAGGUCCAGACAUUUCCUUCCCGUGGCUCUAUGGUGUUCCAGCCCGUCUCCAUCGGCAACUGGCAGUAUGCCAUCUUGGGCAGCGAUUAUUCACUGACGCAGGUCUACCAAUGGGACACCAAGAGGGGCCAGUUUGUCCCAUCCCAGGAGCUGAAUAUCCAGGCGCCUCGUGCAUUUUCCCUGGUUUCCAUUGACGACCGGGUGUUCUUGCUCGCAUCCAGCUUCAAGGGAAAAACUCAGAUAUAUGAGCACCUCAUGAUCGAUUUGAGUAAUUAAACCCAUUGUCAGUUUGGUACCAUUCAAAUGCUUUCAUCUGUGAUUUUUGUUGAACUUGUCAGUCCCAUUAAGAGUCCACCAGCAAUUCCUAUCUCAUAAAAU